AUUGGCAUUGCCCAUAGGCUACGGGCGAUACUUGACAUUACUAAACUAUUUUUUAUAAAUAUAUUUAAAUACUACAGUAAUUAAUAGUAAGAUAUGCAACAAAGUCAAGACUGAUAAUACUAAUAGUUCAUUAAGAAAAUACUUCGGUUAAUUCCUUUGUGCUGUUUUUGUGCGUCGUUCAAAUACAAUGAAUUUCCUUUUUAGAAAAAAGCAGCACAAGGAGGAACCUAACAUCGCUGUUAUAGGAACUCCAACAAAUGUUAACCACGAUAUUCAUGUUACAGUAAACGACGAAGGAAAGCUAACAGGUCUCCCCUCAGCAUGGAUGAGGCAAAUCGGUACUCAAAUCACAAAAGAUGAACAGAGGGAGAAUCCUCUGGUAGUGAAACAAGUCCUACAAUAUUAUAACUUUUCCAUAAAAAAGGGAAAUGAAGAAAGGGCUGAAUUUAAGCACAUAGUUACGGAGAGGGACCUAGUAGAAGAAUCCAAGCAAAUAGAUCUUUAUACACUUUCCAAAGAUGCACACAAGAGCAAGGAUUCUUUGUCUGACUCAGAACAAAAAGAUGACAAAAGGUCAUCGCAUCCAGUUAGACCCCCUAGAAAAAUAGACGGAUCCAACCUAAUCCAGACCAAAAACCUUGCACAAAACCUAGUAGACCUUUCUCUCGUCGAUGAAGUUAAAGUUAAGAAAGAAGACGUAGAAUAUAGAAAUAAGUCGGACCCUAUCAUAGAUGACGACGACGUGUUAAGAAGACGAAGCGGUUUGACCGAUGACGACUAUAUGUUAGAGAUUCGUAAGAUUUGUAAUCCCGGAGAUCCGGACGACUUUUAUGACAGAAGCUACAAAGAUUUGGGCUCCGGAGCGUCAGGCAUCGUAUUCUCCGCUACCUGUAUAAAAACAGGUGAACUAGUCGCCAUUAAAGAUAUUGAUAUGACAAAGCAACACAAGAAGGAUCUUUUACUUAGCGAGAUUAAGAUUAUGAAGAAUUUCAAGCACAAAAAUCUAGUGAAUUUCCUCGACGCCUUCGUCGUGAACGACGACCAUUUAUACGUCGUGAUGGAAUUGUUGGAUGGUGGUCCGCUGACGGACGUGGUUACCGAAACGGUGAUGAAAGAAGGCCAAAUUGCUGCUGUUUGCUGCGAAGUGCUGCAAGCCAUUAGUUAUUUGCACGAAAGGGGCACCAUUCAUAGGGAUGUCAAAUCGGAUAAUGUGUUGUUAGGUAUGAAUGGAACCGUUAAAGUCACAGACUUCGGAUUCUGCGCCAACGUAAUAGGAAACGAACAAAGAGAAACCAUGGUAGGCACUCCAUAUUGGAUGGCUCCAGAGGUCGUAACCAGACAAAAGUACGGAAAGAAAGUCGACAUUUGGUCCUUAGGUAUAAUGAUCGUCGAAAUGCUGGACGGGGAACCACCGUACCUCAGGGAACCACCACUGAGAGCUUUAUAUCUUAUCACCGCUAACGGAAGACCCAAAAUCGUACGAUGGGACACGUUAUCGGAAAAACUGCAAAGUUUCAUGGAUUUAUGCCUUCAAGUUGAUGUCGAUAAAAGAGCUUCUGCCAAGGAGUUGCUGCAACAUCCUUUCCUAGAAGAAAGAAUGGAGUUGAGGACUCUCACGCCGCUUAUUAAAGCCGCUAAGAAGAUGUUACACAAGACUUAAAUUCACUCUCGUCCACUUCGUCACUUCUCAAGAAAAAAACAGUUUGUGACAUAAAUAUGCGCGAUAAGUUCUUUCUAGACGUUCAAUACUUAGAUCAAAACAUAUAGUCAUUUAUAUACUCUUUUUCUUGUAUCUAAACAGGUUAUGAUUCAUCAGAUGCUAUAAAUAUUAUUAUCUGGU